UACUGUCGUGCGCGUGUCCUUAUUUAGUAAUUUGUUUGUUUGCUUGUUUGUUUGUUUGUUUAAUUAUUUAUCUCUCUAUCUACUAGCAUGCGCACGUCCUGACUGGCUUACAUUUUCAUCAGGCUAUUUCAGGCUAUUAUUUAUUUGGCUGUUGCAAUGUUUUGGUCACGUGCUGCUCGGCUGCUCUGUUUACUUUCGUUUCGUCGUUCGGUUUUGUUUCUCUGUAAUAAAGAGCGUCAUGGGCGGGUGCGUGCAGAGUGCGUGCAGAGUGUGUGCAGAGUGUACGGAGCGCGAGCUCUGCGCUCUUUACUGAACAUGUCCGUGUCGCGGCUAGCGCGCGGCUGCUCGCGGCUCUUCCUGCUGGAGCUGGAGGCGCGCGCAGAGCCGCUCUGCUUCAGCCUGAGCUCUGAGCGCAGCGCGAGCACCAGAGCGGACGCGGAGGCGGUGCGGCGCGCUUUCGGCAGCGCGCGCAUCUUCUCUCUGCUGGUUGACGGCGGCGGCGGCGGCGGCAGAGUGCAGAGAGCGCGGAGUCACGCCGAGCUCAUGAAGACGCUGCAUGCACAGCUACCGCCCGAGUGCAGCUUCUCACCGCUCACCUCCUUCCUCCCCGGCGCCAAGGACUCCCUCAUCCGGGGCUUUUUCUUGAGGGACGAGUCCGCCUCGAACUCCACAGAGCGCCUUUUAAGCGACUUCAAGCAGAGUCACUCAUUGAGCGUGUUCUCGUAUGAGCGCGAUUGUGAUGGGCAGUACUGGUGGUGCCAGGAGAUGUUUAGGAGUCCCGCCACAGAGCCAGAGGCUGGACAGAACCAGAGGUUUUACGUCACGCCCACCACAGCCCCCGAGCACCAUCCAGCAAUACUGAACAUUAUCAACUCUGACGUCUUCUACCGCCUGGAGGAUGCUUACCAGGUUCUUAAGGAGUGCAGGAACAUCAUUCCAGAGUCAAAGGCAGUGCUGGAGAUUGUGGACCAACAACUGGAGGCCUGCAGGCAGGAUAAAGGGUUUCCAGUCAUCGUGUUAGAAGGACUGGAUGCUACAGGUAAAAGCACUCUGACUGAAAGCCUACAGAAAGCUCUGGGUGCCACUCUGCUGAAAUCUCCUCCCCAGUGCCUCGCCCCAUACAGACAGCGCUUUGACUCAGAGCCUCCACUCAUCCGCAGGGCCUUCUACGCUCUGGGGAACUACAUUACUGCAGCCCAGAUACGGAGAGAGUCAUCACAGAGCCCUGUGAUUGUGGACAGAUACUGGCACAGUACAGCAGCGUAUGCUAUAGCCACUGCAGUGAGCGGCCCAGUGGAAAAGCUGCCCUCUCAGGGCUCAGAGAUCUACGAAUGGCCCUCUGACCUACUCCGGCCCAGCCUGGUCCUGCUGCUGACCGUCAGCCCCCAGGAGCGGCUCCGGAGGCUCCAGCACAGAGGCCUAGGGCAGACUGAAGAGGAGACCCAGCUAGAGGUCAAUCACUUGUUCCGCCAGAAAGUGGAUGAAGCUUACAAGCGGAUCCAGAACCCUGCGUGCGUCGUUGUGGAUGCCAGCCCCUCCCCGGACCAAGUGCUCCAACAAGUGCUGCGUUUAAUCAGAAACAAAUGCCACUUGUAAACACUGUUACUGAUUUGGCCCGGAGGCUGCAGUGCCACUCUGCACCACUAGAUGCCAGUAUAGCGUUAGAAAUUUCCCCCUUAGACAAAAGGGGCCCCACUGAAAAAAAGACUCAGGGUCUUGGAGUGCAUUGGCCGCACAGGAGGCUGAUGGCUAAGGGCCAGCGAGUAUCUAAACCCGUAUCUGGACAUGUCACAACCUGUUCACUUCCCACAGAGUAGCGCUGAUGACACGAGAGGGAAAGUUAUUAUGAAUGCCGGGACUAGCCGUCAACUCUCAUAUACACAGCUACAGCUUAGCAUGUUCCAUUCGCUCCGUGUUAUGCUAUUCUCACAUGCCGGAGCACAGGAACUGAACCGAAAAGGCUUGGCGAAUUCAUCAAUCACUUCAAUUAGAUUUCAGCACAAGGGCCUAUUGUUGGUCAGCUCCACAUUGAAGUCCUAUGAGAGAGAAAACACUCCACAUUAAGAGCUAUCAGGAUCUCAUAGGCCAGGAAAAUCGUUCAGAUAUAGGGAUUUUUUUUACAGCAUUGAUAAAGAGAGAUGCUAAAGGAAGUCAUUUUUGUUCUCUCGCUGUUUGAUGUGCUUGACAUACUUUCCACUCAGGCUUUACAAAGAGAAUAUGCUUUUUGUGUCUAAUGUCUUUGUUCAGUAAGCACUUUAUAAUAACCACUUUAUAAAUCUGUACCUAAUGAGUGAUGUAUUUACCUGUUUGCUUUAGGGCUGUCACAAUUUAUCAAUUAAAACCGACAUCCUUGAUGAAUCA